AGUUUGGCAUGAGAAAAUAGUUCUCAUGAGGGAAGCUGAACAGUUUCCAUGCCAAAACCACACUAACCGCUUAAAAUGCAUUUGGUUACAUCCACCUAUAUUUUAGUUCAUUUAUUUCGACAUAUCCAUGGAACUGCAGGUAAACGAUGACAACAAUAGGUGGUUUUUCGAAAAUUUCAAACCGCCCCCUGCUGUCUUCGUUGUUUGAAAUCCUACCUACUCGUUAGAUAUAUAACGGCACUUGGGUAGGAUAGGAUCUGAGGAAAAUCAGGCAUCGCAUCUCAGUACCUGUCAACAAAAUCCCAAAGGGUACAUUAAAAGCCACGUGAGCCACUAUUAUUAUACGACCGUGUAGCAAUUGCGCAUGCUCGUAAUUUGUCUGGGGGAAACUGCUAUUUUUAUUCUUCCCAUAAAAUGGCUGCGGAAGUCAAUGAAAAGCCAACACAUCAGGAAGAAACUUCUUUGUUACCAAGUAGUCUUGAAGAAAAAUGUUUGAAUUUUAUACUGAAAAACAUGUGGGGAAAAUUUUGUAAGUUUAUGGAGGAAGAUAUAUCAAACAGAGAGAAUGUUGUUCGAUUCUUCGACAACAUGCUUGAUGAAGACUUCGAAGCUGAUGUUCUCAGGAGACACUCACAUUUCCAUGGUAGACUUUCUCGAAAUAUUGUUAAAAAGUGGUUGGGUAAGAUUGUAAAACUCUAUGAAUUUCCUAAAGGAAUUUGUCCCAACUUGCUAUUAUCACACAGAAUGGGCUUCAUUUCAUACGUUUCACAUUUAUACAUUAAAAAGAUAACAAGUUAUUGCAACUGGAGAGAUUUGAUUGUGUAUAUUUCUGCAGAUUGUAUAAGUACACAGAAAAAAGUGGUACAGAAGCUUUGUUUACUAGGGAUGAUAGAAGAAGCUGCAAGAUUUGCCAAUGAUUUUAACCUUGAUGAUGAAGAUUGGCCCAUUGAUUUACAACAGGAGCGACAACGUUGUUUGAAUGAACCACUACAAGUCACAGAAGAUGAUCUUUUAUGGAGUACAGAUGAUGAAGAAAGUGAUGAAGUUGAAGAUUCCACCCAUCCAUACUAUUAUUUUCCACACCCACGACCAAAGAUUUUGAUGAUAAAGAAUAAAGAAAAGUUUCAACACUGUAUAGAACAUUUAUCUCACCCUGGCUCCAUUGUUGGUGUUGAUCUAGAAUGGCAAACUUUAUUUAAUUCAGAAACUAACCGAGAUAGUAUUGCACUCAUACAACUUGCACUGCUUGAGUGCAUCUACAUUGUUGACGUGAUAACACUGGCACAAAUUCUUUCCAAAGAUGACUGGACACACUUUUUUAACAAAAUUUUCAAUAGUAAAACCGUUGUAAAAUUAGGUUACAGUUUCACACAAGAUUUAAAUAUCAUUGCAGUCACAUUCCCAUUCAUUGAUACAAAAGAAUUCUCCAACAUCAUUGAUCUUCAGACAACAGUUAAAAAGUCCUCAAACGUUAAACAUAAAGGCCUUAGCGGACUAGUAGAACAGCAUUUUAGUCGACCUCUAAAUAAAGCAUAUCAAAUUUCUUGUUGGGAAAGGCGACCUCUUCGAAAAUGUCAAGUUAUCUAUGCAGCAUUAGAUGCCUAUGUGUUGUUGCAGCUCCAUAAAGUUAAUCUAAACAACGGUGAAGAAUCAUCCGACCCAUCAUCAGUUAGCUUGAGUGAUGAUUCAACCACAAUACCUUGUGACUGUGAUGAGACUAAAGAGGAAGAGAAAUCAGUCAACUGUGAUAUAGAUAAAAAUGACUUGGUGUGCUCCCUAGACAGUGAUAAGUCUUUGAAACAAUGCAAUAAUUCUCCAAUUUCCCCUCAUGACUUGCGAGUUAUUGUUGAUACAAUGCUUCAAGGCUUGGGAUGGAACCUCCGCAGUGUUGGUGUUGAUACUUUUAUUAUGAGAAACAACCAAGAUCAUAAAGAUGCUAUUGCUUUGGCACUGCAAGGAAAUCGUAUUGUUUUGACUGCAGGAAGAGUAUACCAAAUGUUUGCGUCAAGACUUGGUGAAAAUAAAUGCUUCAGUGUAUCUAGCCAGAACGUUAAAGAACAACUGAUGGAGGUCUUAACACAUUUUAAUGUGAAGGUAAAGGAAGAAGAUCUUCUGAGUAGAUGUCAGAUUUGCAAUUGUAAGACUUUUGUCUUGGUUGAAUCUGAGAAGAUGCAUGUGUUAAAGGAAGUGAAGCCAAGUUCCUCAUCAACGAAAAAGAAAUCUUGGAUUUCAGAUCCCAAUGGCUCUGAUGCUGUAGAAAGUAUUCCUGAUCCAGAUAUGCUAUUUAGCAGUAUGGUCACACACCCUGUAAAUAAGCUGGAAUCCUAUCCUGUAUUGGAAAAUGAAGAACUGAUUGACAUGGAUACUGCCUUAUACCGAAGUAAUGGUGUAGCUAUUCAGCUGGAACAUAUCCCAAAUACUUUAUUUGCUGAAGACAAAAUAUUCUACUGUUGUAUAAGCUGUGGUAAAGUCUAUUGGGAUGGUUGCCAUUAUAAGCGUAUGUUGAAACAAUUCCAUUCUCUGAUGAUGAUGAGAGAUAACCAACAAUAAUUUUGGAUUCAGCAACAGUAUUGAUUCUGUUUAUUAUGUUACUUCAAACUAAAGCCAACAGACUGUCACAAAUUCUACACAGUAAAACAAUCUUUGAUGUAAAAUAUAUGUAAUGGAAAUGCUUAAAGCAUAAUAAAAUAAUUCUAAACUAAAGUGUUUUAUUUUUAAAAUUA